CCAGCUGGCAGAUGUUUCCCGCGCGGCCGCACCAUUCCUCUAGCGUAAACCUACGCGACGCGAAAGUAGUUCCUCCUAGCGCGUUAAAUAUUUCUAACAAUAGCUCGCCGAGGAGACAGCUAGGUGUAGUAGCUAUUUGCCACAAAGCGACGGAUAGUCUCCGUACAACUACCUGCAGUAAACUGUGGAAACUCUGCGUGAAACCGAAGAUGAGCUGGUGUGGGAUUGGUCCAAAGAGAGUCGUUGUCCAGGGCAGAGUACGAUGUACCGUUCACCCUAACCGUGUCCACUAAAUUUUUCGCGAGUGUCUCGAAAAUGGUUCUCGAGCAUCCAACGCCGUGAAUACCCCUGUGCAUGUCGCGUCCGUGUGUCAGCAAAUGAUAUUGUUGUCAUUGUGUAUUCUUGUCGUACAAGAUUAACGGCUACCGUAGUUCAUCGUUCGCUCUCGACCGUACAUUCGUUUGGAUACUAUUCGUCGCUGCAGUGCCGCGAAGUGCUAUUCGAAUCGUCGAAGUGUUGCGGGCGACGAAGUUUAGUAUGUGCCGCCACGUGAUUGAUUCGUCGACGCGUAUACGUAAAACGAUUUUUCGCGUCACGACCAAGUUCAUUGGACGAUCAAUGUGAAAUGUCGUAUCGUUUUACGCGAUACUUGGUCUACGGUCCCUCGCAUUUUACCGACAGCUAUUCGCACGGUGAAAUUCGAAAACGUUGUCGAGUCUGUGGCAUCCGCGUGUUCGCACAUUUAAAUCAACGAUCACGUUGAACUCGUGCGAUCGAUCGAAAGUGCGCCAUAUACGUAAUAAAAAUAAGUCGCGUGUUACGGGUCGGACAGAUCUCGGGAGAAAUAUUUGGGUAAAAUCGAAGGGUGCCGCGUAGAUAAGACGGAAAUAAAAGGGGCUCUCGAUGUACCAUCGGUGGUGACGGACCUGAAGCCGGUGGCGGAGUGAUUCGUGGUACGCGGUGGGGGCCCUCAGCUGUUUCCCGCCAAAGAUCGCCAUUACAAAACGCGUUCGGGCGUUGUGUGUGCGCCGCGCGGAGUGGCUGUCCCGUGGACGAAUCUCGGUGCGUGCCACCGCGGUAUAAAAAAUUAAUUACGAGUUCCGGAGAAUUUGUGUUGCAAGGGCGUGAGGUGUGCGCGUUGUUUUUUCGGUGGAGUGUGCGAGAGGCCCGUCGUCUUUUUCGCUGCCGCGACGACGGCUGCUGGGACGUGCGGAAUCGCGCGGCGGGAUUCCUAGUGCUACGGACCAACGAGAUAUGUCAGUGUUUGGUAGUGAGGAUCGAAUUUUACUCGAGGAAAUCGUCGAAGUCGCCGAGGAACAGGAAACGAAGUUUUGCGGAAUCAUCGGAAACGUAGAGGAGAGCUCGGUGACCACGAGCGUGACGGUCGCCGAGGUUGCUGAUUCGCAAGAGCAACAGCAACCGCAAUCGAAGACCAACGGCGCAAUAUCUCGCCGUGUUGCUGAUCAGAACGUUGCUCUGAGCAACGGGAACAGUACCAGCAACGUUGCUUGCGUUACGCCGCGAAGCCACAUGGAGCAAGAGAAGAGAAUGCGGCGAGAAAUCGCCAACAGUAACGAACGACGUCGGAUGCAAAGUAUUAACGCCGGUUUCCAGUCGCUUAGGACGUUGCUGCCCCAUCACGAAGGCGAGAAACUGUCCAAGGCUGCGAUACUUCAACAGACUGCCGAGUACAUAUACCAGCUGGAGCAAGAGAAAACACAGCUGCUAUCACAAAACUGUCAAUUGAAGCGAUUGGUGAACCAGCACGAGGGUGGCGAUGUUCCAAUUAAGAAACGCAAACCGGAUAAUCAGGGAGGAGUGGUCGUUAGUCUACCGAUGCACGUUAGCGAGAGUGGUGACGAGGGAUUGGGCAGCAUGUCUCCCGAACCCUUGUCAGUAAUAACGGUGACCACAGAGGGACACUCGGUGGUCAACAGCGAGGUGGUAGAGCUCAGACGACAGUUGGAAAGGGAACGUCACACGAGGUUGCAUCUAGAGAAGCAGAUGAGAGCUAUACAAAGUCAACUUUACCCGGAAAGAUUCCGGGACAGUCAACUGAUUACUUAUCAGCCACACGAGGUGAUCGAACACACGGACAACGUGAUCGCUCAGGAGACCGAGGAAGCAGUCGCCGCGCUCCAGGUAGUCUCAGUGGUGUCUCUGCCACCGGUCGGUUCGACGCAAACCGUGGAAACGUCUAGUCCGGAACCGAGUUCGCCGCCUUUGUCGCCGCAGCCGGCCGACAUGGUGCCGGAGGACAUCAAGGAGGAGGUAAUGUGCCCAGGAAGCCCGAAGAUCGUCGCGUUUACCCAGAAUCAGGCGUUCACUGCCAUCGAGGAGCAAACUACCGCCGAUUCGUUCUCUUCGUCGAGUCGCGUCACGUAUGCUUCGAGUACAGGAGAAUUCAAAAACUCGUCGCCCCAGUACAUCACCGCGAGCCCGAGCAGGCCGUUCUCGCCGGUUGCCGAACCCCAACGGCUACCCAGUGUCCUGGAGGCGGCGAUAAAAGCGGAACCGAAGGUCGAAGUCGAGAGGUUGCCGUCGCCGUCGAACUCGCUCGACGACGGCACACCGCAGGCGAGGUUGUAUCUGGCGAACACCUCGCGGCAGAAUCUGGAGACGAUCGUCGAGGCGAUACGUCACCUCGAGGGUGACCAUUUGUUCAGCGACGAGCCGGCGCAGGACGUGCCGUUGGCGUUGACCAACAAACAAACCGCGAGCCCGACGACGGCCAAGUCGUCCACGUCAACGUCCGCGCCGACGACGGCGAAGCAACGGCUACUGCAGGCCGAGUUCCUCCAGUUUCACAGACAGCAGCAGACCCAGCAGCGACCGGGCGUGAUCGUGGUGAAGCACUCGUGAUCGAAAGGAGCCCCGCGAUCGAUGAACUGAAUGCGCAUGCCGGCUGGCUUCCGCUCGGGAACGAACUACUAACCCUCCCGCGACGCGUCCCAGACAAGAGGAACACGCGACAACCACCACCGUGUGUUAUCCCCCGAGUGUGCACACCGGCGCAGUUACGAAACGGUUCCAAAUCUUGGACGCUCGAGCCGCGGAGGCAACAAUCGCGUAUCCUCGAAAAAUCGACGCUCGGGAAGGCGUCCUUUGCGUUCGGCGUUCAUCACCGACCGAACGGACCUCCGACGAGUCUGGGUCCGGUGUUUUCGUAUGUUCCUACUGCCCGUCGUCCGCCUUCGUUUCGACCGUUGUCCGAUCCGUGUUCGCGAUGCGCGCCAACAAAUUUAAACAAAAAUAAAAAAACAAAAAAAAAAAAAGAAAUUGAAAAAAAAAAAGACAAAAAUAAACCUGUUGUUGUUUCCGUUCGAUGAACGAUCGACGGGAUCGAGUAUCGGUCGGCGAGUC